UUAUAUUUUAAAGGAAAACGAAGGUCUGAAUGCUAAAGUUACCUACCGUCUUCCAUCACCCUUUCCACAUCUCCCUCUCUAUCUCUGACCAUUCAUUCACACUGAAUAUACUUGCAAGAAAGUUCUGGUCGUGGUUGCAUAAGUCUGCAACUUCUGACGACCUCUAGCUUGGGGCUGAACGGGGCAGAUCGCCGGAUGGAUACUAGAGAUCCGAAUGAAUCUGCCUUAUCUCCGUCUGCAUCUGAGAAUUAUGACCGUAUUGGGCCAAAGCCAUAUUCAUACGGUGAACUAGCAAAGGCAACUGGUCUUUUCUCGCACAAUAACCUAAUUGGUCGAGGUGGUUUUGGUCAUGUUUUUAAGGCAUCCUUAGAUGGCGAGACUCGUGCUAUCAAGAGACUUGAUUAUCCGGGUAUAGAGUCCGAAGGAGAUUUGGAAAGGGAGAUUAUGGUCGUCAAAAGCAUCAGUCACAAAAACCUCGUUGAACUGGUUGGUUAUUGCAUUGAUGGAGCCAAUAGAUUGCUUAUUUUAAAGUAUUUUCCAAAUGGGUCUUUGAGAUCUAAAUUAGAUGGGAAGGAGAAUGUUUUAGACUGGAAAAAAAGAAUGAAUAUUGCUAUAGGUUCUGCAAGAGGAUUGGAAUAUCUACAUGAACACUGUGAACCUAAAAUUAUACAUUUAGAUAUCAAGCCGGAUAAUAUUCUUCUUGAUGAACAUUUUGAACCUAAGAUUACAGAUUUUGGACUUGCUCAUGUUUUUACGGACGUUGCUACUCACAUAUCCAAAUCAUCAGUUAUGGGAACCCGAGUUUAUGAAGAUCCACUAACGACGAAAUUGGGGAAGUAUUCUGAUAAGUCUGAUAUUUAUUCUUUUGGUGUUACACUUUUAGAGUUGAUUACCGGAAGAAAACCUCUAGAUAAUGGCACUGAUAUUGUUACUUGGGCAAAUCUUCGCAUUAAAAAAGUUUUAGACGGAAAAUAUGCAAAUUUUGUAGAUUCUAAAUUACAUUCUUUUGAUGCCGAACAAAUGCAUAGAAUGGUUUCUUGUAUUAAUUCUUGCUUAAAUCAACCUCCAAACUCUCGUCCAACGAUGGAAAAGAUACGUUUAGUUCUUGAAGGAAAAUCACCUCUAGAGGAAUUAUAUGGUCACGAAGGAUUGCAGCUGAGUAUGAUAUAUAAAGAACCGAAUCAUCAUAAGGGUUUUGGGCCAAAGCAAUAUUCAUUUGAUGAACUAGCAAUGGCAACCGAUCAUUUCUCGUUCAAUAAUCUAAUUGAUGAAGGUGGUUUAGGACAAAUUUUUAUCGGAUCUUUGAAUGGUGAGAUCCGUGCUAUCAAUAAACUUAAAAAUUUUCCGGAUUUACCCGAAGGAGAUUUUGAGAGACAGAUUAGGGUCUUUCAUAGUAUCCGUCACAAAAAUCUCAUUGAACUGCUUGGUUACUGCAUCGAUGGACCCAAUAGAUUUCUUAUUUUAGAGUAUUUUCCAAACGGAUCUUUGAAAUAUAAAUUACAUGAAAGUCAGAAUGUUUUGGACUGGAAAAAAAGAAUGAAGAUCGCUAUAGGUUCUGCAAGAGGAUUGGAAUAUUUACAUGAACAAUGUAAUCCUAAAAUCAUACAUUUAGAUAUCAAACCAAAUAAUAUUAUUCUUGAUCAUAACUUUGAACCUAAGAUUUCAGAUUUUGGACUCAGCACAUUUUUUACGGACGAUGAUAGUGACAUAGACGAAUCAUAUAUUGGAUGGACCCCAGGAUAUACAGAUCCGGCCAUAUUUCAAUCGAAAAAGUAUUCUGAUAAAUUCGAUGUAUAUUCUUUUGGUAUUACACUUUUAGAGUUGAUUACGGGAAGAAAGCCCAUUCAUAAAGGACUUGACAUUGUUACUUGGGUAAAUCCUCUAAUUAAAAAGGCUUUAGACGGAGAAUAUGUGAAUUUUGUAGAUUCCAGACUACAAUCUUUUGACCACAAUGAAAUGCAUCGAAUGAUUUUUUGUGCUAAUAGUUGUAUAAAUCAAUCUCCAAAAUCUCGUCCAUCAAUGAAAAAGAUAUUUCUAGCUCUUGAAGGACUUUUGCCUCUAGAGGUUUUAUGGGAUGAGAAGAACAACUACUUACUAGAGAGAGCUGCAAAUGAAGGUGAUCCCGUUGGAGUUCGAGCAGGAAAUAUUCCUCUGAAAAAUCUCAAGAAUUGAGCAGAAAUGUUUAAAAAAAGAAUUAUUUUUUUCCUUUUAAAUAGAAGUUGGAAACUUCAUUCAAAGGCCAAUUGAACAUCGAAAUAAAAGAUAGGCCUCAGUUGAGUUGGCAAAGGAAGACUUUCUGAAUUUUGCUUUGCUUGUAUGAACAUGUAUGUGGAUCAUUCUAUGUAUUGAUACGUCUUUGGAGUACUA